GCGACGGACCGCACUCGAAGCCGUUAGUGUGUUACCGCGAGCUUUACCGUCCGGACAUCACACACACACAUUACAACGCCACACGCAUCCAUCAUCCGGAGUCGGGUCGUAUCAGUAAAUGGCCUUCCGUCGUUGGCAUCCGAGUCGUACAGCAACAGGAUCCGCAACGAUUCGAACCACUACCUGCAGCGGAGUCGUAGUUCACCACCCUGUGAAAUAAUAAUAUCACAUUAUAAACGCUUCGACAACGUUCUCCUCGUCGCGGUUUCGUAUUGCGACCGUAUAGUAUUUUACCGGGAUUUUUUUUGUUUUUUGAAAAUUGUAUCCUACGCUACCUGCCGUACUUUAACAUCGAGUGCAGUAGCCGUGGCCAGUGGACUGCAAUCGAGCGACGAAAAAUAAGUGACAACUUUCGAUCACUUCGCAGUCGGGACAUUUUGUCGAUAAUGAAGCAAGCGGCGACAGUGUUUGCGGCGUUAUUGGCGGCCGCCAGCUGCCAACAGUUCAGCGUAGUCGAUCCGAACUCCGGACAAGCUGGAACUGCAGGCUUUAUGCCGAUGAUGAAAGACGAGCGUCAAACGUCUGAGACGAUGGCCGAACGCAGGACAUCCGAACCAACUCCCGAAUCGUCGUCCGUGCAGAGCAGAGAUUAUUCGGGCGGUCCUGAAUUUUACGGUUACAAUAACUAUCCGGCCAGUUAUGGACCACCAAGCUCCAGUUACGGAACAGAUGUAGCUUUUGAACCAUCUGCACCAGCUGAUCCGUCCAGUUCUUAUUCCAGUCCUGGUUACAGUCCGUCAUACUAUCCUGGAUAUGGAGAUGACACGAAAAAAAGAAAACCAAGUUACGCAACACCCUAUUAUCCACCCACGUCGGUGUCUUGUCCGUCGCCGUUCACUAACAACAUACUUACCGACCUGUUGAAGACUGGCAGCACGGCCAAGUUCGGCUUGGUCAAGUCCGUGGUGGCAGCCAUAGCCACGCUAUUUCUGGCCAAGAUACCCAUAUUUUUGGCAGUUAAGGCGCUCAUGCUCAAGCUGUUUGUAGUGCCGCUGGCCGUGGUCGUCCUGUCGCUUCCCGUGCUCGUUCCCGCAGCCCUCCUGUUGCAGCCGUUGUGGAAACGAUGGAAGGAGUUUAUCGGCUACGACACGUCAUCAAAACAACCACAAAUGGUAAUGAUGAUGCCGGCCGCGGAUUCCACAAAGCCCGCCAACGACACAUCCGCGACGCCUGCAGCCACUAGGGCGCUGGAAAACAACUUGGAGAGUGUGCUCAGCAACUUGCUCGAGUCGGAGAGAUGCAUGGAACGGCUGGCUUGUCAGUUGGGCGUCAGAGACGCAAAAUCCGAGUACAAACAACAAGUGUCCUGGGUGUUGAAGUUUUUGCAGACGCUUCGUGUUGUCCAAAACAACGAACCGAUUAGAGACAAACUAAAGCAAUACCGCGAAGCUUACAAUUAUGGUACCGAGGAGGGACUAGGUUCAGUCGAAGAUGAAAAUCUCGUGAAUUCCGUCUGUUCGGAAGUGCGAUAUCCCUGUCGAAGUACUCAAAAAUCAUUGCAAAGAAGCACGAGGGCAUUAGUGGACUUUGCCGGGUUUUGAUAACGACUAAUUGAAUUUCACGUCAAAUUUUUGUACAUAACAAUAUCAUAUAUUAUCAAUACAGUCGUGAUACAUUUAUAUACAUAUAUUAUAUAAAAAAAAAAACCAUCACAAAACUUAUUGUGACCUCGUGAGUUGACUCUCAAAUCGUUUUGUUUGUACAAACAAAACAACAUAAUUUAUUAUUUCUACUUUUAUUUUUAAUUUAAUUUAUUUUAUAUCCAUUAAUAUUAAAACUAUUUAGCGCGUUCUCGCUUAGGUAUUAUAAUAAAAUAUAUAUACUGAUCGUGCGAUGCCUUCUUUAAUCAUAAAGUUGGUGAAAUCGUGUUAAAACCUGAAAGUAUGUUUAAAAUACCUACUAUAAUAUUGUAUAUCCACAUAUUAUUAUUAUUUAUUUCUAUGUAAUAAAUUAAUAAAUUAUAUAAAUACAAAAUAUUGUAAAUUA